CAUGAAGCGGGUUUCUCUUGGGGAUGUUGUUUUAAGUGUGAGUGAGUGAGUGCGGCAUUCUGUCGUUGUCAAGUCGUUCCAUUACUUUGUCACUCAAGUUUGAAACAAAGCGAGACAGCUUGGAAAAAGGCAGUAAUCUCUCGCUCGAACUUGGCUCGAAUUGAGCUUCAAUUGAGCGUCGUUUUGAGCUCCUCAAAGGCCACCAAUAGAUACACGAAGACGGGAAGAGAAUUUCUGCAGUGACACGAUGAAGGUUCUCCUCGAAGAAGGCUUCCAAGGCACCCAAUUGCCCAACGGGUUCAUUCUUAAUGGCGGUCCCAGAGAGAUGAUCAGGGAAACCAAGAGCGAAGAUAAGCAGAAUAGAGCUGCAGCUUCGCUCAUUGUGGUCUCAAAUCGACUUCCAUUCGUUUUGAAAAGAGAAGAGGAUGGAACGCUAACCAGAAAAGCCAGUGCCGGCGGUUUGGUCACGGCCGUGGCUCCCGUGGUCGUGGACAACCAUGGAAUCUGGGUGGGCUGGACGGGUCUGGAUGACUUUGACGAAGAAACGGAAGUCAUCCCGGAGUCGAGUCCGGAUGACAAGGCGCCCACAGCGGGCUUAAGGCCCGAUCAAGCCAUUCCAUUGAGUGUGAAUCCCAAACUCUUUGACGAAUACUACAAUGGUUGUUGCAAUGAAACCUAUUGGCCUUUGUUCCAUUCGAUGCCCGACAGGGCCGUGUUCAACCGGGAUCAUUGGAAGGCCUACCAGGAUGUGAAUGACAUUUUUGCUCAAAAGACGUUGGAGGCAGUCCGAUCGGUUCACGAGAAGCGAAUGGCCAUCCCUGACUGCUCCAGACCGGAUCCGCCCAUUGUUUGGAUCCACGAUUAUCAUCUAAUGCUCGCUGCCAACGCCAUUCGUGAUGGAUGCAACGAUGAGGGACUUCAAGUUCGGAUGGGUUUCUUUCUUCAUAUUCCAUUCCCAUCGUUUGAUAUCAUUCGGAUUUUCCCAUGGGUGGACGAAAUUCUUAUGGGAAUGCUUGGAUGCGAUUUGGUCGGAUUUCAUAUAGGAGACUAUUGCUUGAACUUCUUGGAUUGUUGUCAGCGAUGCUUAGGAUGCCGAACGGACAAGAAUAAGAUGUUCGUUGAGCAUUGUGGUCGCCGGGUGAUGGUGCGAGCCUUGCCCAUUGGUAUUCCGUAUCACAAGUUUGAAUCCUUGUCCCGAAUUGCUCCACGUGUGUUCCCCAGUGAUAUGAAGAUCAUUCUGGGUGUGGAUCGAUUGGACUAUACCAAAGGAUUGGUGGCCAGAUUGAAGUCGUUGGAGCGAAUGUUUAAGAAAUAUCCCAAAUGGAUCGGCAAGGCAAUCUUUAUUCAGGUGGCCGUGCCUUCACGCGUGGACGUGGCCGAAUACAAAGAGCUGAAAGAGACCAUCGAUCGGUUGGUGGGGCAUAUCAAUGGAGAGUUCUCCACGCCGUCUUGGUCUCCUAUUCGAUACAUCUUUGGCAGUGUCAACCAGGAUCAACUCGUGGCGUUUUACCGAGAUGCUAACGUGGGUCUCAUUACGCCUUUGAGGGAUGGCAUGAAUCUCGUGGCCAAGGAGUUCGUUGCCUGUCAGAGCGAGAGCGACCCGGGAGUGCUCAUCCUCUCCCCGUUUGCCGGAGCAGGAGGAUUGAUGCAAGAAGCAUUGCAGGUCAAUCCUUACGAGACAGACAAUGUGGCUGAUGUCGUGGACCGCGCCCUUGAAAUGAGUUUGGACGAAAGGAAGCUCCGGAUGAACCAACUGAAGAAACGCGAGAAGCGAAUGGAUGUAGAUGCGUGGGUUCGCAGCUUUCUCUCUGGAAUGGACAGUCUUCUUGUUCCCUCGGUGCGGCCCAACCACGAUGAAAAUGUGGAUCGUCUACUCGGGAACGGUCCUUGCACCAAUGAGUUCGAGGCCACCCUGGGCCCCUCCGUUGAGAUGUCCACCAAAUUGGGUGUCAUUAUUGAUUUUGAUGGAACACUGGCGUGCUUGGCGCGAACACCAGAAUUGGCCAUCAUCGCUCCUGAGGCCAAGAAAACCCUAGAGCGACUCUCAAAGAUGUCGGAUGCUCAUAUUGCCAUCAUCUCAGGUCGUCAAUUGGACGAUCUCAUCCGAAAAGUCGGCGUGGAGGGUAUCACUUACGCCGGUUGUCAUGGACUCGAGAUUCUGCACCCUGAUGGACAGAAGUUCUCCCACACCAUUCCCCAGGAUUACCUUGACCGUUUGAAUCUCUUGGAAAAAGAGCUCAAGGAGACCGUGGCCAUUCACGGAGCGUGGGUAGAGCAUAAGCACCUGCUCGUGGCCUGGCAUUUCCGCGAGGUGGACAAAGGCAAACGGGAAUCCUUGAUCGCCCAUGCCAAGGCUGUUUAUGCCAAGCACAACUUCCAAGUGUUGGCCGUGUCCAAACGAAUUGAGAAUCUGCCCCCUUCGGGCUUUGAUCGGGGCGAUUCAUGUUUUCAUAUUCUCCGAAGCAUCUUCGGCGUCGAUUGGGAGGAGAGAGUCACGGUUGUGUAUGCUGGUGAUUCGGCCGCUGAUGAGUUUGCCAUCACCAAAUUGAAAGGCGUGGCCCACACAUUCCGAGUGACAAACGAGGAUACUUCCGCUAUUACCAAGACAAGUGCCGACUAUUGGAUUGCAGGGCCCGAUGGAGUUUUGGAUUUGCUUCGCUUUUUGGAGCGGAAAUUGUUGGGACGUUCUCCUCAAUCUGUUUCACGAGCGUCUUCCGUCAUCUCCGUCGGUGGAUUGGAUAGAGAUGUGAUUGAAAUGGUCGUGGACGACGCCGGUAAUCAGCAUCCCACCCAAAUUCGUCGGAGAACUUCGUCACACGGCAGCAUGGGACAACGGCCCCCAAGGUCAAGAGCGGCCUCCAUGGGCAGUCAAGGAGGGACCACGACCACAAGUGUGGCCACUCUACAUAAACGAGCUCUCAAUAAGCACAUGCACUCUCGAUAUAGUCGAGAUGAGACCACCUCGGGUGUUUCGCCUUUCUGAGUGAUGCCAGCCAAGUGAGGUUGAAACGUACUUCAAGGAUUGAAUGUGAGACACUCGCUCUCACACUCGCAUACACACACCAACGUUCAACGAUGAAAUCCGAGAUGUUUUGUAUUGUUAAAUUACCAUUAUUUUCGAGGAAAA